UCUCCACAAGUGUGUGUGUGAAAAAUGUCGAAAAGUUCCGGCCAUAAAACGCCCCUCGCCAACGGUAGCACAACGAUCCAUCGGUAUGGAGCGACGGUCGAAACGCUGGUAAAUGGUGGCCCCGUAGAGCACCACAGCCCCAUCGAAACAGAUACCAUAACGCCAAUAGCAGCUCAGACGACAGAAGAAAUGGAGAGGAGCCUGCUGGAAAAACGGUCCACGUUACGGAUGUGUGAAAAAAUUGGCUACGGAUUGGGUCACGUGUACAAUGAUCUUUGCGCCGGCGUCUGGUUUAGCUACACACUUCUGUUUAUGCAGGGCGCCCUGGGCAUGCCGGCGGCCGAGGCCGGAGCGAUGGUUAUGCUGGGCCAGGUUGGUGACGCCAUCGCUACGCCCAUCGUGGGGCUGCUUACCGAUCGGUACGGGACCAAGCGUCAGUGGCAUAUUUUCGGUACCUUCAUAGUUUUUCUAACGUUCCCGAUGAUCUUUUCACUGUGUCCCUGGUGCACGGUGGCCCCGCACUGGUGGGAGAUCGUUUACUUCGUGGCUGUGAUAUUGGCAUUCCAGUUUGGGUGGCCCAUCGUGCAGGUCACACACCUUGCGAUGAUUCCGGAGAUAUCGCGCACCCAGAAGGACCGUUCGGAUCUGACGGCGAUCCGCUACUCCCUGUCGAUCGUCUCGAACGUUGUCGUGUAUAUUGUCACCUGGGCGGUGCUUCGGAAUCGAACCAGUACCGAUAAUCAGAUCGGUCCCGCAGAUGCUUACCGAUUCAGGGACAUUUCGCUCAUACUGACCCUGGUGGGAGUUUCCAUGUCGGUGCUGUUCAACUUCUCGCUCACGUUCAGCGGGUACGAGCACCGGAGGAGUACUGCCCUGCAGCACAACAUUAUCCGUUCUCCUACGGCCCCACAAACGGACGAAGAUCCGGAGCGCGAGAGGCUGCUUGGGCCCCCAUCGCAACACCCGGGCGGUUCUUCAAACGUCCCGGACACAGUGGUGCUGCGGAAACCAAAGAAAAACUUUUUCAAAUCCCCACUAUUGUACCAAAAUGCUUUACUAUACGUCUUUUCCAGACUGUUCAUGACGACGUCACUAGUUUACAUGCCCCUUUGGUUAGAUGAACGCGCAUACCAGCCAAACACUACGCCGACGGAAAGUAACGCUAGUGUCGAGCAUUUGGCCACCGUUCCCUUGGUAUCGUUUCUGGCGUCGUUCGUCGCUUCGCUGGUGCUAAAGUACACCAACCGUUUCAUCAGCAACAGCCUGGUCUACUUCAUCGGUUCCAUUGUCAGUAUUAGCGUUUGCCUCUGGAUUGCGCUUACGGCCACAUCCGCUUCGUUCAGCACGUUUGCACUGUUCGUGAUUGCCUCGCUUUUCGGGGCCGGCAGUUCCAUCACCAUGGUCAGCAGUUUGUGCAUCACCGCGGACAUGAUUGGGAAGCACGCGGAUCAGAGCGGUAUCAUCUAUUCGGCGGUUACUUUCGCCGAUAAACUGGUUACCGGAGUGGUUGUCGUUAUCAUCGAAUCGGUUAAAUGCCACGACCGAACCGACUGUCCAGAGUAUUAUCGGAGCGUUUUGUCGUACGGAUGCGGGUUGGCGGCGAUUCUCGGGUGUCUCACACUGACCACGUUACUUUGCACAACUGCUAGGGCACGGCCCAGAAACCGGUAGCCUUCGAGGUAGUAUGGAAAGCAGACAGCAAAGCGAGGCUCUGUUAUAUAUUUUCUUAAAUAUUUUAUUUGUUUAAUUUUAAACUAACUGAACCUAGAUAAUGUACCCUCGGACCA